AUGGCGCGUGUGAGGCCCAAUCCGACGCUUUCAAGCGAUCUACUCACCGAGAUUCUGAAACGCCUGCCAGUGAAACCCCUAGUUCAAUACCAAUUAGUCUCCAAGACGUGGUUAUCGCUAAUCAAAGACCCUGCUUUUGCCGAAGCUCAGCUCCGUCACGCAAUCUCCACCGGAACCGAUGAAACCCUUAUCAUCACCCGUUAUCUCGAUCUCCGCGGUGGUCUUAGACAGAAAUUCUCACUCUUUAACAUAGACUCUUGUGAAAUAAUGCGUGAUGUUAAGUAUCCGUGUCCUCGAAAUGAGCCUAUAAGAUCUGAGCGUUAUUUUAGACUUGUUGGUUCUGCUAAUGGCAUUGUAUGUGUUGCUAAUUAUGAUUUUCACCCUGAUGUUCGAGAGUUUUGUGACCCUGUGUUUCUUUGGAAUCCCGCAAUUAGACAAAUUAAAAUUCUUCCGCCACUUCCGGUUGGUGAAUUGUAUGAUUUGGGGUUCGGUUAUGAUCCGGUGGAUCGGGAUUAUAAGGUUGUUUUUGUUGUUAGAAAGCCUUGUCUUUCGGUGGAGGUGUAUUCAGCUAAUAGUAAUGUAUGGCGAAAAGUGGCUUCUCCGAUUCCAACAGCCCUUAUUGAUCGUUUUUGCAGUACGUUCCAUGUCUGUGUUAAUGGAUUUUUAUGUGGUGCGGGGGAUUGGGGGAUGAUUGGUAUGAUGGUGGUGUUUGAUUUGAACAGGGAGGUGAUGAAUUGUGCUAUUAAGCUUCCUGUUGAUGGUGGUCGUGAUGAUGGUGACGACGAUGAUGAUGAUGACAACGAAGAUGAUUAUGAUGAUGAAUAUGAUGAUGAAUAUGGUUUCCACUAUGACAGCGAUGGGUCUUAUGAAGCUGAAGCUAAUACUCGUAUAAUCGAGUUUAAUAAGUCUCUUGGUGUUAUUGUACUGUGGGCUAAUGCAUUGGAUUAUGAAUUGUCUGAUUGGAGAUGGAACAAGAAGGUUGAAUUGUGGAAGUUGGAUGAUGAGGCAUGCCUUCGAGGUGGUGGAGACGAGGCAUCAUGGAUGCUAAUGUUUAGUCUUAAAUUCGAUAGACCAGCACUACUCCGUAAUGGCUAUUUCAGCAAUGGGAAUCUCUUAUUAUCAGUACGAAGUGAUAGUUACAUGUGGAUUUCAUGUGAUGUCGAUAAGAAAGAUGCCAAGAUUGUCCCCCUUUCAGAUGAGAUGGCUGACUGUUGUUACUGUUAUGAUAUUUGCAAGUAUACAGAGAGCCUAGUUUCACUUGCAGGAUUCAAACAAAUUAGCUGGAAUGCUGGCGAAGAUGAUAAUUAA